AUGACAGAGACCAACAGCAACGCCCGGGAGGGAUCGGCUGGCAAUAUGGCAACACGUGGCUCAAUUGAGGAAUUUAAUGUCAAUGAGCCAGGAGAAUGGAGUGAUUAUUGUGACAGACUUAAGUUUUACCUCCGUGCUAAUAGAAUUACCAGUGCUGAGGAGCGAAGGGAUACAUUCCUCAGUGUGUGCGGAAAGGCUACUUUUAAAUUAGCAAAGAACCUUAUCUCCCCGGCCACACUUGAGUCAAAGACUUUUGAGGAAUUGACUGCGGUGCUUGGCAACCAUUUUGAGCCGGCGCCUUCACAAUUGGCCUGCCGGCAGAUGUUUUACCAGCGGUACCAGCAGAGUGGAGAGUCGGCGUCAUCGUUUGUGGCUGCCUUGAGGGAACUCACCCGCUGUUGUGAGUUCCACGAUCUGGAGAGGCUGCAGAGGGAAUUGGUUGCCAAGAAGUCUUUGACCUUCCAGGAAGCUUAUGACUUUGUCAUCUCCCGGGAGGGGGCAGACCGCACAGUUCGAGAGCUCCGUGGUGGACAGGCGACUGGUGUGCAUGCGGUGGAGACUGACACAGAGGAAGGCGUGUCGGACGAGGUAACGGGGGGAGCAUUGAAGGUGUUUCAGUCCUCCCGCCGGCAGCAAGGAAGUCGACAGCUUGAUCAUCGCCGACUGCUGGCCCAGUCGUCCCCCAAGAGCUGUGACAGUUGCGGAAAAGCACACGAGCGACGGUUUUGCAGGUUCCGCAACGCCCAGUGUCGGAAGUGUAAGAGGAUGGGCCAUAUUGCCCGAGUCUGUCGGGCUGGAAACCGAGUGCUGCGAGAUAGAGUGGAGAGAGAUCGAGAGACUGGAGAUCGUUCAAGAGAGAGACUGAGGUGCUGGGGCUCAGAGCCUGAGAUUGUGGGUCAGUGUUCUUCGACCCGUAUUCAGCCCCAAAGUGAUAGUGUACGGCCACCACCAAGGAUCACGAAAGUGGUUCGCAUAGAGGGGGUGCCCUGUGAACUGGAAGUGGACUCUGGGUCGGGGUUCACGAUUGUUUCAGAGCCCACUUUCCGCAGGUUUUGCCCCAAAGCGGGCCGCGAUUGUCUUCGUCCCCUGGAUUUCUUUUUAAGAGACUUUAAUCAGAAUCCGGUGCCUGUCCUAGGUGUUGGGGAUUUUCGCGUCCAGCACAGAAAAUUUAAAGGCAAAUUGCGAAUUGUGGUUGCAGGGGGCCGGCGGCCGGACUUAUUGGGGCGUGAUUGGUUUGAGGCCUUCGGCAUCCGCCUAGAGGGGGCCCACAGAAUAGAGUCGGCACCGUCUUCUUUUGAGGCAUUGUGCCAGGAGUUCGCAGCUGUUUUUGACGGACAAUUGGGACGAUACACAGGGCCGCCGGUGUCCUUCGAUCUGGACCCGGCUGUUUGCCCUAUCCGACUGAAGCCGCGCCGUGUGCCCUUUGCAUUGAAGCCGAGGAUCGAUGAAGAGUUGGACAAGCUUGUGGAGCAGGGGGUGCUGGAGCCCGUCUCGCAUGCCCGCUGGGAGACUCCAAUCGUGUGCCCUUUGAAGGCAAACGGCGCAGUACGGAUCUGCGCGGAUUACAAGUGCACUCUGAAUAAGGCACUGCAGCAAAAUGCCUACCCGGUGCCAGUGGUAAGCCACGUGCUCGCGUCCCUGGCAGGGGGGCAGAUUUUUGCAAAAUUAGACCUGGCGCAGGCCUACCAACAGCUCCCGGUAGACGACGCCACAGCGGAGGCGCAGACAAUUGUUACUCACCGGGGAGCAUUUCGAGUUAAGCGUUUGCAGUUUGGGGUCAGCGUGGCCCCAGGAAUUUUUCAGGGACUGAUGGAGCGACUACUUAAGGGAAUCCCUGGGGUAAUUCCCUAUUUUGAUGAUAUACUAGUCGCCGGGGUGUCCUCAGAGGAACUGAUUUCCCGCCUCCGUGAAGUUCUGGCCCGCCUUGCAAAAGCUGGCCUUAAGGUUAAGCGGGAGAAGUGCUUCUUGGGAGUUCCCCAAGUAGAGUUCCUGGGGUUCCUGGUUGACGCCAAGGGUAUCCAUCCUACUUCUGCGAAAGUUACUGCCAUCAGGAGUGCGCCAGCCCCACAGUCAAAGAAAGAGCUGCAGUCGUUCUUGGGGCUUCUCAAUUUUUAUCAUGCCUUCCUUCCACAUAAGGCGUCUAUCGCGGAACCACUACAUCGUCUGCUUGAUGACCGGGGAACUUGGAAGUGGGGGCAGCGGGAAGCUGCUGCUUUCGCCGCAGUAAAGGACUUACUUUCGUCCGAUAGUGUUCUUACCCAUUUCCGUGAAGAUCUGCCUUUGUCGUUGGCUUGUGAUGCAUCUCCUUACGGGAUUGGAGCCGUGCUGAGCCACCGGUUACCGGAUGGGCGGGAGGCUCCCAUUGCUUAUUUUUCUCGAACUUUGUCGUUGGCCGAGAGGAACUAUGCUCAAAUUGACCGGGAGGCUCUGGCAUUGGUCGCAGGAGUAAAAAAGUUCCAUGAUUAUGUUUAUGGGCGCCCGUUCGAGCUUGUGACUGACCACAAGCCGCUGCUAGGGUUGUUUGCGCCAGACCGUCAAACACCGCAGAUCUUGUCAGCCCGCAUGUUGCGGUGGGCCAUGUUUUUGUCAGCCUACACGUAUGAACUGGUGCAUCGAGCGGGUAAAGCCCUGGGCCAUGCAGACGCCCUCAGUCGGUUGCCAUUGCCAGAGCCGGCUGAGGAUCCAUCACCGGCUUAUGGCGUUAUGUCCUUGGAAGACCUGCCGCAACCCCCUGUUAGUGUUGCAGAUGUGGCUGCUUUUUCAGCCAAAGAUCGCACUUUGGCGCGUGUUUUGGACUGGGUGUGGAGGGGGUGGCCGGAGGGCAAGGUCACAGAGGAAUUCCGGCCAUACGAGUCCCGGCGAGAUGAACUGUCAGCUCAUAAAGGGUGUCUAUUGUGGGGGAGCCGGGUUGUGAUCCCCCCAAAGCUGCGACAGCGAGUGUUGGAAGCACUGCACGAGGGUCAUCCGGGAAUUGUAAGAAUGAAGGCAUUGGCUCGCAGCUACGUGUGGUGGCCGAAAAUGGAUGAGGCCAUCGAAGAAUGGGUGCGGAAGUGUUGUCCGUGCCAAGAAUCAAGGCCAGCAAUGCCUCAAGCCCCGGUGCACCCAUGGGAAGUUACCAAGGAGCCAUGGUCACGUUUACAUGUGGACUUUGCAGGGCCAUUUCAGGGCCAGACAUUCUUGAUUGUGGUAGAUUCACACUCCAAAUGGCUGGAGGUUAUACCAGUGACCCGCAUGACCUCAGGUGUUGUUAUACGGAACCUGAGAGCCUUGUUUGUGACCCACGGGCUGCCUGACACUCUCGUGUCAGAUAAUGGGGCACAGUUUACAUCAACUGAGUUCAAGGAUUUUAUGGACGUUAAUGGAAUCCGCCAUGUCACCUCGGCCCCAUUCCACCCGUCUACAAAUGGUCAAGCAGAAAGAAUGGUGCGCACCACUAAGGACGCGCUGCGGCGGAUAGUCUACGGAGAUUGGCACCAGCGACUCUCAUCCUUUUUACUAUCACAGCAUGUAACACCACACUCAACAACUGGGAGGAGCCCAGCAGAGUUACUGAUGAGGAGGCGCCUGACGACUCGCUUAGAUAGACUGCAUCCGGAUCGUGCGGCGGAUCGGCCGCAGGAGGCUAUCAAGGCACCUCGUAUUUUCCAACAGGGGGACCCUGUUUAUACUAAGAACUAUGGGUCCGGCCCUGCAUGGAUUCCAGCCACAGUUUCCAGGCCAACUGGCCCUGUGUCAUACGAGGUUGAGGCAGACGGCACAGGUAGUCUUCGUCGCCAUGUCGACCAACUACGGCAGCGGUGGCCCGUCCAGGAGGAUGAAUUGUCCACAAGGGAAGUGGAGCAAUUGCCAGGGCAGGUCAACAGAGAACCAGCAGUCACCCAUCCCCCUGAGGCAGUUGAAGUCCAAAUGGGAGACAGUGAGGCCGGGCCGGUAGAGGCUGAGAGGGGAACCGAGCCACGGCUAGAAGUUGAAGAGACCCAGGCGGGGGGCAGCCCCCGGGAGUCCGAGCUCAGACGGUCUCAGAGGGUGCGAACCCGUCCGCGAUAUCUGAAGGACUUUGACUGCUGCAGCAAUCUUCCCCAGGCCGCUCUGGAUCACACGGCAUCUCCUGAGGAUGCGGAGCUGAAGGCAGAAGACAGCAGACAAAGACAGAUCAAUAGACCAGGUGGUUCACCUCUUAGACCUGGCUCUCUGUGUGGAGAAAAGGGCUGUUUGUUUGACGAUGCCUCUAGAAGUGGGACUGAGGUAGAGAUUGUAUGGAAGUGUUAUGUCUUGGUGAAGGAGGUUGAGCAGUAA